GUAUAGCUGUUACGAAAGAGGGUGAGGUGAUUAAAGGAGAAGCGUCGACUUCAUCCAUUCAGAUUGGAUUUAAGUAACGAACCGACAUUUCAAUGCUUUGCUGUGGUGAUCGGCAGUCUGACGGCAGAUAUCGAUUUCCUGGAUGGUGAUGGAGUUGGAGAAGUUAACGUGGUAGACGACUGGCAUUAGAAUAUCACAUUGAAAUAUUGGCAGGUUAACGUUGGCAUCUUUUUACCAUGCGCUUAAGAAUCAGACGUCUUUUUUGCGGACUCGUGGCAGUUACUGCUUCACUUAUAAUUUUGUAUCUAAGGAACUCAUCAUUUCUAAGUUAUUGUGAAAGAGAUCCACAACGGACUUACAGCCCUGACAUUACAAAUCACCAAUUACACAAUUGCUCGUGUUAUAUGGGUUACAUCGGAAAACAUGGAAUACCAGGAAUACCAACAAGAAACGCCAGUACCUUGAAUUAUUUUCAAGAACCGAUAGACAAACAUCACUUCAACUAUACCCAUAAUCCAAAGAAGAUGUGUUUUCACAAGAAUGGCACUAAAAUGGAAGUCUUUCUUGUAUUUUUUGUCUUAUCAGCACCAAGCAAUUUUGAGCAACGUGAUGCCAUCCGGAGGUCCUUCGGUAAGAGAGAUACAUGGCCAAGCACUGGCGGUGGGCAAGUCGUGACGGUAUUUUUGCUGGCUUUCACCAGCAAACCAGAGCUGCAGGAAAAUAUCGACACAGAGUCCACUAACCAUGGGGACAUCGUACAAGAAACCUUUGUUGAUUCGUACCUGAACCUGACGCGUAAGACAAUCAUGGGACUGAAAUGGGUCAAGAACCACUGCAGACACGCAAAGUUCGUCAUGAAGAUUGAUGAUGACACUUCAGUCAUUCAACCACGCCUUCUCACGAUCAUACGCAAUGCAAACCACACUAAUUUUACAUUGGGGCACAUCUUCAAGGAACCGGUUGUGAUGCGUGACAAAAAGAACAAAUUCUUCUUGUCCAAAGAAUACUAUCCCGAUGAUCACUUUCCUCCCUACCCCGUUGGCCAUGGGUAUGUCAUGACAACUGACGUGGUCGAAGCCGCUUUCAACGUCGCUGUCACUAUUCCAUUAUUCCCUUGGGAGGAUGUCUUCUUCGGUUUGUGCCUUCGAAAGCUCAAUUUAAAGCUACAUCAUGAAAAAGGUUUUUUCUUCUGGGGUAAUUAUACUAAACUCCUGACUGGCAAUGUGAAAAAGAUAUCAAACAAAUACGUUAUAGCAACAGAUAUCCCUCCAAAGGACAUGGUUCGUUUCUACCAAAGAUUCGUAAGAGCGUGAUGAAAAGUUAUAAAGUCAUAACAUCUUGCGUGAAGUUUUUUUAUCUUGUGAAUUCGUUGCACCGUCUUGGCAUAGAGAAUUUAUAAUCUUUACAAACUCCGAUGGUUCUGAUAAGAGCACAGAUGCCCUAUGUCAAGAUCUGAGCAUGCCACUGCGUUUGUAAAAUGAAACCAUAUAUUGGAAAGAUCGUUCAAACAGGAGACAAUCCCUGGCUUAAACAUCCUUACCCACUGAACGCUUACUUCCAAGUAUAACCCAUGGGAAAUGAGUAUUUAAAAAACCUAGCUUAAAUCUUAGAAGCCAAGUGACCAGAAAACCAUUCCAGCUCAUCUAACAAAGUUUUUGCACCAUGAACUCAGUUUACAAUAAUUGUGCAACACCUAUUAUAUCUUAUCUGACCAUUUAGGCCCAGGACAAUACUGUCCAUAACAUGGGUGUCGAUUUGUGUUGUGAAUAUAUUGUUCAAGGUGGAAUGAUCUAUUGUAUCACCCCCCACUUGAAUAGUAUGACGUCAAGGAUCGACACCAGUGGACUACAUAAAAAUGUAAUGGUGUAAAUGGUAAUUCCAAUAUUACCAAGCAAAGAAAUAAGCGGUUGUUGUGAAGUAAAUCGUAUUGCUUCAGAACGUUUAAUGAUAAAUGAACAUCCGUUACCCUCAGGUAGUCAUUCUUUCCUUGUUGUAGGCUAGUUCCUAUAUGCAUUUUCACUCAGCGACGCACGGAUGAUUCAAGACCAGAGUAAAUGUAUUGCCCGACAUGACAAAGAGCAACAAAGAGGUCUUUGUCGAAUAAAAAUAGCAGUUCGGUCUUUGACUCUGGACAAAUGACAUAUUUGCAAUUUUGGCGUCAGCACUGAAACAAAUUAAAAAGAAAAAAUGCUGUUCUGCUUCACAAAUUUUCGACAAAGACUUCUUCAUUGUACUUUGUCCUUCGAUUUGCAUUUGAAAUUACUUUAAUUCUAUUUUCAAAUCAUCCACACGUCGCUGAGAACUCCCUACUUCCCUAUUCUACGGAGGAGCAUAAGAUUGAAAGACAGAGCACUGGCCCCUGUACACCAAAGGUGCAGGUUUGAGACUGCUAAUCUUGUUUCCCCGUCAUACCCGACAGAAACCAGCACAGCAAUCCAUUUUUGGACACAUCAAACCAGUGCUGGCUAGUGAGAAUUGUUUAGCCACUGCCCCUCAAAAUACAACGAACAAUCUACCAAACUCUAUCCCUUGAACGCCAGAUUGCCGGCUUGGUUUGAACUUUAAUAAUUAUGUUUUAACGUUUAUGUUUCUUACAUCGCUACUACUUUGUUCCUCAAAUUGUAAUGAGCUUUGCAUUUUUUUUUUAUAAAAGACGCAAUAUAAAUGUGGAAAUUAUUAUCAAGGACCACCGCUACUUUACGGAUUUUUUUUAAAUGACUAUCGAGGUGUACAAUCUCCCUCAGUGAUCAUUCCUCUGAUCGUUUAGGUGAUCUUUCGGAUUUCCAUAAUUUCUUAACGCUUUAAAAUGCAUUGAUCGUUCAGUGGUACUUUCUUUAAAGGUUUGUCUUUUAGUCGUCCUCCAACAAUCUUCACGACAUCUUAAUGGGUUCUUGUAGGUUUGCGUUGAUCUCUCGGAAGCUUCUAAAGAUAUGCCUCAUCUGAUCAGAAGUCUUCUGAUGCCUUGAGAGGCCAUAAGUUUAAUAGAGGAUCAUUCUGUAGGACUACAGAAACUUUGAAUUUUGACCAAGAUCAAGACAGCUCUGGACAGUCAUGAUAGUUCUCUCAGAGGUUUCAAUCAGCCCCAGUGGGAUAGUAAUUGAUCUUUAUUUGAAUGUCUCAUUAAAAUGUGUUUUGUAUUCGCCUGUCAAAGUGGGUAUCUCACACCGAGGAUCCACGAAGCCAAAAGUAAUGUUUGUCUGCAUCAACGUUAAAUUUUGCUCAGUCUAAUCUGACAAACCUUUCUUUUGGUUUCACCGAACAAACAUGGUUGACUUAAUCUACGUGGUUAAAAUGAUUACAGUACAACUGUAAUUAUCUUAUGUUCAAACCAAAAACAUGUUUUAUAAAUAUUCUUGAAUGACAUUCUUGGACGAAUAUACUCUAAAUACAAAUACGAUUUAUUGUUUAGUUAUGUGACAUCACAAGUGGCUUUUUGUAAAUAUAUGAGGUGACUUAGCCUUGGCCAAUAAAUGUCUGAACAC